CUCACAAUCUGCCCCGCAAGGUUCAUUCAAAGCAAUUGGACGAAGACUUGAAAGAUCAAGCAAGACAUCAUUCUUUCAUCUCUUUCUUCCAUGGCGGCUUUGACCCGAAGAACCAACCAGCUACCGUAGUAGUUGUAAGAUCGACCAGUCCGUCGUGUUGUUGAGCCCUCUAGCUAGAGUAACAACUAGACCAUGCGGUUCGGCCCGGACGACGAGCAUGUGUCUCUGUAUGGAAAACCGCUGUAUCAACGGGGAGGACAACUGCUGCUCAAGACACUGACUGGCAGCUACGGCUAUGCCGAUGAGAAUGGCCAUGAAGUACUAGCCGCUAACAAUCGCAACAAUCCGCAACGCUACCCUAGUCUUCCUGUGGAUCGUCUCUUGAAAGCGUUUGCCCAAGAGCAACAAUGGUGUAUUGAAUCCAUUCGCAUCUCCCACGUCCAACUGCUGGGCACCACGGGACAGUUCCAGAAACUCGCCUCUUGUUUGACACAAUGUCAUACACUCAAAUCCGUCAUCUUUGGAGAUUCUCGCACUGCGUCUCUAGUGUCAUCAGGCGGUGAUAGUAGUAUGGAGCACAGCAGUUUAGAAACAACAACCACGAACAAUCAUUCAGAGGAACAUUAUGCUUGGUGUGGAUUCGACACCAUGGUCGGAGCCUUGUCCAAAGCACCACACUUGCAAGAAGUGUCACUGCAAAACAUGCCCGAACUCUCGGGUCAAGCUCUGGGGGCAUUGUGUCGCUCCACCAGUAUCUCCAAGCUGCAACUCUUACUGUCACAAUCCGUGCUGCCCACUGGAUCCAUUACCGGUGACUACCUCCGGAACAUGACCGAGAGCCUCCAGACCAAUCAGACCAUGAAAGAAUUGCGUAUCUUUGGCGUACUAGACUACGAUGCUUGUCACUAUCUCUCUCAGAUGCUGCUCGUCAAUCGAACACUGCAAAAACUGGCGCUCAAGAUCAAACUCAAACCGUCAGCCCAAACUACUUCUCAUAUUCAUGAUGACAACAACUUGGAGGAAUGCCACCUUCCGCUAGUAGCACCAUCCACACACUCUCCUCUCCCAUUGCUGGAUGCAUUGGCGUCCCCUCAGUGCUCGCUGACAAGCCUGGAAAUCUACAUUUCGGGUUCACGGCCAGAUCUAGAAGCGUACGCCACGGCCUUUACAGCGGCUCUCCAAGUCAACCAAUCGUUGCAACAUUUAAAUGUCAUCUUUUAUGGGUUGGAUACUACCACGGCCAUUGCUGCCGCCGCUACGGGUGGUGCUGGUGCAACCUUGGGGGGUGCCCUGGCUGCCAUGAGAACCAACGAAUUGUGGAUGACGCGACUGGCCCAAACACUGAAAAAUGGAAACUAUACCUUGCAGCAAAUCUUGAUCAACCAUGGCCUGUUGGAUCUGACAGAUGUUGUCAAGUUCUAUCUUCGAUUGAAUCGAGCUGGAAGAAAGCAAAUCUGUCAAUUUAGGAGUGCUGUUGUGGAUGAUGCCGAGAGGGAUGAAGACUUUGUGUACGAUGAUAGAGUGGUCACGUCGAGUCCUUCCUCGUCUGCAGUGACCAUGAUAACGGCGCCAAGACCAUCCGAAUUUGACCUUUGGGUGGCAACGCUGGCCCGUGUAAGGAAUGAUCUUUCCUGCAUCUUUUACUUUCUCAGUUGCAAUCCCACUCUGUUCUGCGGCGCUGAUAAUAACAACAACAGGACAGCGCCGCUAGGGUCAGCUCGUCGUGUCAUACACGCCGGAGAGAGACGCACCUCCUCCCGUGCCGUUGCUUGGCGAAACGAAGCUCUAGUAGAGGACGGACGUCCGCCCUUGAAGAAGAAACGAUGAUGAAAGUGGUAUUUGUUUUGCCUGCUUGCAUGUUACAUGUUGGGCUGCAUUGCACACGCUGUGCUAUCUCUGCGUUGGUGCGUCAGUUCUUUUAAAAUACUAUAACAAAGAUUUUGGUAGUG